AUGCGAAGUAAACAGCCCGAGUGUAAGACGCGAAUCCAUUGGCUGCGCGGCUCCAGAGAACUGAUCCGAGGGACGGCACUCAGUGUGCGGUUCCAAUGGAAGGAUUCCCAGCAACUGGGCUGUGUGGCCUCUGCUUGGUGCUUGGUAGAGCUGUGCGGCUGGCACGACUUGGUCACAGCAGAUGGGCCAGAGUUCAUCCAAACGGCCGUGGAGAGCAUCGACAGUAAGGUGGUCUCCAAGUGUUUGACGCUACCAGAGAAGUGGGGUCAACUCAGUGGAGGAUCAACCGGGUCUCUGCAGUUGGCAGCUCUGCUGCUGGUCUCUGUGGUAUCUUCCCUGCGGCUGCAGCUGAAUGUGAGGGCCUCAGUGGAAGCCAUGUCUGAAGCCUUUGAGGAAGGCAUGCCUGAGUCUGAGACCACAUCUUUCCUGCCGUUUCUGCUGCUGGCACUGCUGGCAGUUGGUUAUUGGCUGUGGAGCCGUUCAGGGACUGACGCUGCAGCUGCAGCUGCCCCGCUUCCCAACGCGGAGGAGUUGCGUCGAAGACGCCUGGAAGCCCUGCAGGGCAAGGUGUCCACGACUUCCACUGAGGCAGCUGUGGCAGCACCAGUACAGGCCACGGCUGAAGAUGGGCUGCGCAAGCGUGCUGUGGCAGAGGAGGCGGCAAAAGCCAGGGAGACCAAGGAGACCAAAGGGACCAAGGAGACUGAGACCAAGGCUGAUAAGGCUCAGCCCAAACCUGAAGCAACCCCAACACCUGCCAAGGCUCAGAGCAACCAGGGCCCAGCCAGAAAGGAUUUGUCGAGCACACAAAGUGCCCCCAAGCCCAAGGAGGAAGUGCCCAAACCGGUGCCACCGGUGCCACCGGUGCCACCGUCAACCCUUGCUUUGCGCGCUAGAGGGACACUCAAAGGCACUUCCCAUGUGCGCAAUGUGGAAGUAAAGGGCGAAUCGAAUGUGGAGCAACUGCAAGCUGAGGUCUCGAUGGCAUUCCCAGAAGCUGCAGGUUCCAAAGUGCGGAUUUUCUUCAAUGGAAAGGAGCUCAAGACUCUCACAGACAGCUUGGACUCCCUUGGCAUUUCCAGCAAUGUUUGCCUACAGGUGAUGUUCACCCCUGUUGGUGCACAGGUGAAGCAGGAGGUCGAAGAGGCAAAGAAGGAAGAUGUAAACGCUGUGAAAGAGCCUCCAACAGUUUCAGAACUUCCAGCUCCAGAGGAAGAGGCUUUGAGUGUUCGAAUCCAAAGCACCGUCAAGGGGCACACCAGUGCAUAUGUCAUCAAGGAGUUGACUACCUGCAACAGGGUCUUGGAUUUGGAAGCCCUAAGCCUGGGUGCGUUUGCACCAGGUGAGGGCAUGCGGCCACGUUUGUUCUUCAUGGGCAAGGAAUUGAAGGAUGGCGAGGCCUUCCUUGGCCAUGUGGGUUUAAAGCCCAACGGCACCGCGACGGUGCAGGUGAUGUUUGCCACUGGAGAGCCUCGCAUCGCUGCCAGGGUGCCGGUCUCUGAGGAGGCCCCGGUGGCCACCGCAUCAGCGGCUGCUGGGGGAAGUCCCAGCCCUGCGGUGGAGGAGGGCACGAACGAGGCAGUCCUGGCUGCAGCAGCUGCUGCUGGUUGUAACGUCUCGGCCCUGCAGGGCACUGGAGAGGCUACCGUGGGGACGACUGGAACCCCGGCAGAGGCAUGGCGUGCCAUGGCGGGAUUGGAGGAACAGCUGAGUCGAGAGACUGACAUGUCGGAGGAACAAUCGGUACGUCAAGCCUCAGGGAUGUUGAGGCAGCUGCUCACGACAGCCACCCAUGACGAUAACCCGGGCCUCAUGCAGUUUGCACAGUCCGCCGUUCCCGAUCUUCAGAGGAUUUGGAGCUUUGAGCCCACGCGAGAGUUUUUGCGGCGCUUCCACACCAUGCAGCAGAUCCUAAUCGAAAGCUUGGCCAGUGGCGGUGAAGGGCCUUAUGACAUGAUUGCCAGGUGGCUACAUGAACCUGCUCUGGGCUUGCCCAACGAGAACGAGUUCCGGUGCUUGGUCUCUUUCAUGAUCGGGCAAUGUAUUUGUCCACCCUUGGCCUCGACUCCGUCCCUGGAUCUGGAGACGGUCUUGGCAGCUCCCGGAAAGUCUUUGCAACCGCAGAGAGAGCCUCUGCCACCGGUGGAUCCCAAGGCCCGGAAAGCUGUGGAGCAGGUGCCAGAACCGGAAUUCCUUGGAGCGCCCCCAGUGGCGGAGUGUGGCACACCGCCUGCUGCGCUGUUGGAUAAGAUAGCACAAGAAGUGAUGAAAGAGGACUGUGCAGUUUUUUUUUUGAGACAGCGACCAGAGGACCAGCGGCUGCAAGAAGCACAAGGGCCGAAGAUGGAAGGACCCAUCUUCAGCACAAUGUUGUGUCACUUGCUUUUCGCUCUGGCUGUCAUGGUGCCUGCGCACCCAAAGGAAGCAGCCCAGUCCUCUACAGUCCGUGGCGCAGCCUUCGCACAACUCAUCAAGGUGCAGCACAUUGUGGCACAAGGCAUUUUGCCCAAGGCCCUGUAUGAACCUGCUGAUGGAGAGCGGGCAAAGUUAUUCCUCUACGUGCGAGCCACCGCAUGUGUCCGAUCGGCGCUGCAGACCAUCAUGGCCUCAUGGUUUGCAGCGGACUUCGGGGCGCGUUUCGUGAUCACCGAGGAAGGCGGCAAGGACUUCAUCCAGUACUGCUGCAAGCACAUCAAUCAGGCUUACAACCACAAGACCGCGCUCACGCGCGUGACGGGAUCACCCUGGGAGCGAGUGAUGUUGUCGCAAGGCGCCGUGGCAUCCCAGGGCAUCCCAGGGCAUCCCGAGAAUCCCACCGCGAAACAUGGCAGGGCCACGAGGUCACUGAAACCCACUGAACGUGGCCAAGCUGCAGCGCGCGUGUGGAGCAGACUGCAGGGUGCGGCGAAAUCAGUUGUUCGUCGUUUAGAUCCUGAUGAGUUUUCUGGUGAUGAUGGUCUUACAAAACUGCUUAGCAUUUUACAGGCCUCACCAUUACAACAGCUGCCUGUGCCUGACAGUUUCAGCCGUUUGGAACGAUGGCACCAACUGAGGCGACGUGAUCAUGAGACGAUUGCAGAGCUUUUGGUACGCGAAGAGGAUCUAUGGGUUCAGAUGCAAAGCGCAUUAAUCCGCGCUCGAGCAGAUCGUGGGCCAAAACCUCCGGAGGUCCCACGUGUUUCUUCUGGUAUUUCUCCAUCAGCUGAAAGUACAAUGAGUCCUAUGGUUGGAGCAGUGACUGGUGCUAGGCGUAACUGGCAUGCAAGUGGCUCUGGACCGGUGUUGCCAACAGUUUCAACACCACCUGCGGCUCGUCCAGCAACUGGAGAUUUCACUGGAGCAUUGGACACCUCAGACUUUUGGUCCAAUGAACUGCGUGGCUACCGUCUUUUGAAGGCGGCACAUCUGACCCGUCAGGAGUCUGUUAAUUCUCUACUUGCCCGGGUUGAGCAAUUGGAAUUGCGCGUUGCUGAGUUGGAAUCUUUGCAAGAGUUUGAGGUGAUCCGAGAAGAGCCCGCACGACCCAGUGCCUCUGGGUACCGUUCCAAUUCUUCUCCACCUGUCAUUAGCGAGGAGAGACGUGUCAUUUUGGAGCGGAUUGGACAUUGGUUGCGUUCUUGUCUCAACGACGAACGUCGUGGUCUGUCUGGUCGUGAAUUGCUGCCUGAGGGAAACCGGUACUACUUGGUCUUGCGUGCCUUCAGUGGUGAGGUUUUUGAUCCCGUCCUGGUUUUUGAUUCCUUGAGCCAAAUCGUUCCAAUUGUGAAGCCCCUGGGGCAUCCUGGUGCUGUAGUGGCCUUCCAGCAGGCAGUGAUGCCAGCCGUUCCUCCUCUGGACGCAGCCCCAGAGGAAGAAGAAGAAGAAGAAGAGAGAGGGUUUUGCAUUGGAGAGUGCUUUUCCUUCCGAGAAGGGUCAGCUUGGACUUUUGCCCUUCGCCGACGCGUCGUAGCAGUAGCAGACGACAAGUUUUCUUUCCUGUCUGCAGAGUCGGGUCACCCAGAGGACCCUGCUGUGUCCGAACGUCUAGCAAAGUUAGAAGAAGCCAUAGUCAGCAUAAAAGAUGCAGCGCUGCAGUUGAGCCAGAAGUCCCAGCCUCCACAGCCUCAGCCGGGAGCAAAGAGCAAAGCGACUCCAGCCCUGCGGCCUCCCGACAAGAACACCAAAGCCGCCGAAGAUGGCUUGCCCGGCCUGGAUCCCGCAGUUGUAAGAUCAGCCCUCCAGGCCGGGAUAGGACGAGACCAAUUGCAGAGCCUAAGCCAGUUCCUUGGUGGGAAGAAACCAGCCGUAGGAGACGUAGCAGCUUCCAGAGGUCGGACUCCAAAGGUCCGUUUCAACGAGCUAGGAGAAGUAGACGAAGAGGAUGCAGAGGGUCCCACAGCCGAGCCUGCCCUAGGAGCCCCAGCAGAUGCCAUGCAGGCAGCUCUUUUGAAGCUGACGACAAUAGCCGAGGGUUUGACCAAAAGCCGCAAAAAGUUGUCCUUGGAAGAUUGGUCAGACGAUUUGCCAGCGUUACAGGAUUCGUCAUCCUCCAGUUCAUUUGUUGGGGGAAGCUCCAGGAAGCAUGCUGCUGUGCUAGCCAGCCUCCGGAAAGCCUUGAAAGAAAACCCAUCCGAGCUUUAUCGUGUGAUGGAAUCCCGUAUGCUGGACGACUUUGGCUCAGCCGGGACUGGACCAGGAGAGCCCUUCAGGCCAGGCACGUUUCGAGGCUGGGCAGAGCAUCGCUCUCGAAUCCCGAACAUCAGUGGUACUGUUCGCCUCAUCUGGGCAGUUUGUGGUGCUUUGGACUCCUUGAGGGCGGGCCGAGUGCCCGAAGCCCAGGCUCGCUUCCCCAUGAACAACAUCUUCCAACUUGCAGCUCAUGGAUGCAACGAAACCAUCAACGCCACUGGAUUCUCACCUUUUCAGUGGGUACGCGGAGGAGCUGAUCGAGAUCAACCUCUUCCAGGUCUUGACCCCAAGAAGAUGUUUGAAGGUUUGUUGCACCUCAAAGAGAAAGCCAAAGCAGGAUAUGAACUUGAGAGCGCGAAACAACGCCUGUCAAAGCUCAACAACAGUGUUGGCAGGGCACCUCAAGUUUUCAAACCUGGAGAUUUACUCAUGCUUUGGCGUCAAAAGAACCGCCCAGGACGUGUGACAGGAGCUUGGGUUGGACCUAUCAGACUUUUGCUGCAGGAAGGUGGAACACUGUUGGCGACGGGAUCCACUUUGAUCCGAGCACGAACCAAUCAGGUUCGGGCAUGCUCCAAGAAUGAGGAGCUUAGUGCAAUGCUUGAAGGAGCAGCAGUUCUGUCGACACCAACAACUGUCGACGCCUUGAUGAAGCACUUCACUGGCAAGCACUAUGUCAAUGCCACCGGUGAAGUUCCCUCAGAACAACAACGACAAGCCAACCUACAAGGAGCCGAAGUUGCACUUGCUCCUGGAUCAGAUUUUCGGCCAGACUCAUGGAAGAUAGAAGUUGAAGGCCGUGAACGUUGGUUGGUUCGACAACACAAUAUGCCUAGGUUGACCCUCUUCAUUCCUUCGAGAACACAAGCCUGUCCCAUCGAUGAAGCGAAAUUGACAGGGAAGAGAGUCACCAAGGUGAAAGCCAUGACCACUGGCGCUCAAGAAGUCGUCAUUGAGGAUGACUACAAGACCGACAAUGCACCUCAACGACAACUACAAGAGCGAUGGCGUGGCCAAACAAGGUUUCAAAUCGAGGAAGAUGUGAAGAGGCCCAAGAUCACUCCGAAGGAGAAAUCUGACAGGAAGAGACAAACAAUGUCAACUUCUUCUGCGCCUGCAACAUCCUCCCAGCAACAACCAGUUUCACAACCAGAGCAUGAUGUACAACCGCCACCAGUUCCCAAUGAGUCUGGUGACGAAGAGGCGCUGCGGAGUGAUGGAGCUCCAGCCGGUGAGAUAGCCGGUCAGCUUUUGCCUGAAGUUCCUGAGAUCAAUCCCUUGACCACUGCUCUACGAGAUCGCGGUGCGUCAGUUGUGGAUGGAGUUCCAACUAUGCGCAGGGAUGAUCAAAACCAAUGCGCAGUGCCUGAAUGUGCUCACCCUGGUGGACAUGAUGGACCACAUAUCGAUGCAGAGGAAAAGAAAUUUUCCUGGGAGCCUUACAGUGGUCGCGUGAACGCUCAGAUGAGCGACGGUGAAUCUUCUUCAACAUCAUCAGAUGAGUCAGAUGAACUGAUUCCAGAUGACCAGAACAUAAGAAGCCGAAGAAGGAGAAGAAAAGCGACCCCUUCUAUGUCUUGGAGAUUCCGAUGGAGGAGGAAGACAUCCAAUACCUUGCUGAGAAGCCUCGCAGAGCGACUGCUUGGAUGUCAAAGAAGCUGGAAUCUCGCUCCAAAGAGCUGCGCUGGAGCCAAAUGCCCAUAG